AUGAUAUCAAUAGUACUAAAAGGAUGGGAACUGCUUAGGAAGUAUAUAUUGACCAUACCUCGCUUCGAUCUGUUCCUGCAAGGAGCUCUCCUCAUCGUCAUUUUCCUUGAGAGUAAUAUCUUUUUACUGCUGCGAAGAAAUGACAAUACAGGAUUUAUACAUACUAUUAACCAAGAUUGGGUAAAAGUUGGUAUAGGUGUUGUGGAGUUUCUUCUGGGUGUUGUAGUGGCAUGGCAAGGGAAAGGCUGGCGUAACUUCACACUCUCCUUCUGGCUGGGAAUUACAGCUAUCUCUGGUCUUAUUAUACUGGCCUUUCCAUUCCCUAAUAUCAAUGUACCGGAAGUUGAACUAUGUGCUGGUGGUGCGAUAACAAAAUACUCAGAGGUCAUAGAUCCUCAUCAAGUCAUACGUGGUGUGUUUUUGGUGAUCACAGCAGUGUUGUGUGGUCUUACAAAGAUAAGCAUAUGGGCACAUGGUAUCACGUAUCUGGAUGAUCAUGAACCACAAAGUGGACCUUACUUUUAUGGUAUUCUUAUCUCAAUUCGUCUAUCCCUGGGCCUGAGUGGCACUAACUGGCUUCGACCUGGGUCAGUUAGAGAGGACUGGUAUGAGGCGCAUGUGUCCCUCUCAAUGCUAACUCUAAUGUUCAGUAUUCUUUACACUCUCUUCCCGAGGCAGAUGCCUUCUUAUAAGGAGAUUGAUCCGCUUGAGAGAACAUGUCUACUCCAGCCUCUUCGUCGUGUGCUGAAGAACAGGGCCCUGAUCCUGCAGUCGUUAGGCAUGUCCUUCUUGACGAUUGCCAUUUUUGGUUUCAAUAAUUACGAGACUUCAUUGUUACAGACAAAAUUCUAUGUGGAAACGAUACGUCAGGAUCCACGCACAUCUCGGGUCAUUAUUGACAUCUUUAGAUCUCUAGUUAUUAUCUUCUUCGUAUCUAUAUUCCGCAUGCGUUUCUCGGGUCGGCGUAACGACGGUGUAAAAGCUUCAACAGCAUCGAAGGUAGGGGGAGCUGUGGCAGCUUUUGUUGGAGUAUUAUUCUGUGUGCUUGCCGGUCUUAGCUGUAACACAGGAGACAUGGCAGGAUUAAAUGGCGAAUACCGACAGCCCGAGUGCAGUAUGCAGUGCGGGUGUUCUUCGGAGUCGUACGGGUUCAGUCCUGUAUGUGAAGUGGAUAGUCAAACCACUUAUUUUUCUCCGUGCCACGCUGGUUGUAACCAAUAUGAGGAUCUCAAUGGAUUCUUGAUCUUACAAAACUGCACGUGUGGUGCGCAGACGCAACGCGCGGUGCGUGGAGGUUGUUCAUUGCUUCCGUCGUGUGCUCUUAUCUAUAACAUCUACCUGGUCUUCUUCACUGUCAUGUUAGCUGCUGGAGCUGCAUCCUUGUUGAUGCAAGGCAUGGUUGUUCUACGCUGUACGCGUCGGCGUGAUAAGCCGCUGGCUGUGGGAGUGGCGUUUGCGAUAGUUGGUCUGGUAUCACACGCUUUAGGUCAUCUCUUAUAUAUGUUAAUUAGUGAAUUAACCUGUGCCUACAAAGUGAAUGGCGUAUGUAUAUUCCACGGGGACAUUGUAUGGGUCAUGCCAGUCGUGAGUGUAGUGUUCUGUCUCAUAUCAGCAGUGUUAAGUUUCGCAGCCAGCCGGGCAAGUGUCAACAAGGUCGUCGCUCUUAACGGCGUUAGCUGA